AUGGCUGGUUGUCGCCUUUUUUCUGUGUAUUUCUGCAUAUUGAUUAGCUUAACAGAGGGUUCCAAGCCGACUUGUGAUUGUGAUACUGUGUAUCGCCCUCCAACCGGUGACACCUAUAAGAUCGAUGGACAUUCUAAGAGCAUCAUCGAAAUGAUUCACGGGCCAGAAAUCUUGGGGACUUCGUAUGAUUCGGCUGACUGCUUGUCCGAUAUGAGAAUCGUCAACUACCUACUGCGGCCGGCUGCUUACAACAAGCACAAUCUGCCUUGUGAGUUUCCCUAUCGCUCUUUGGUACUGAUUUAUGAAUUUGGCGGAAGUCUUCCUCUAUGGAGGAGUCCUUCUGAGACAAAACGAGGCGUGACGGUGAAGGUGGAAUUCUGGAUCCAAGAGAUCACAGCGAUCUCAGAGAUCACGAACGAUUUCGAGAUGGAGAUGUACAUCAAUGAAAUGUGGACUGAUCCAAAACUCAAAUUUGAUCAUCUGAAUGCCUGCAAGGCAAACAUUUCUUUGGACCAUGCUACUCUGAUUAGGGUUUGGACUCCAAAUACUUGCUUUGUGAAUUCGAAAACUGCUGAAAUCCACGAUUCGCCAUUUUCCAACGUGUCUGACGUUCGAAAACGGAACGGUUUGGGUGAAUUAUGUAGGUUCAACGGACAAACAGUUCUUCAAGAAUUCUAUACUCUAGCAGUACAGAAUAAUAUGUUUAGCAGGCUUUAG